AUGUCAACGUCUCAAGCUACACACGAUGAUACCGAUCAUCAAGAAGCAUCACUAUCGAUGAUUCAGCAAUGUCGUACCGAACCGCGAGUGGAUUAUCGUUCCAGUGUCUUACCCCAUGCGCUUUCGCGCGAUGCAAUUCCGAAUAAUUCGAGUGAGGCUCUUAACGACACGGAACAAGAGGUGAAGCGAUCUGGCCGGAAUUGCUAUCAGCGUCUAAAGUGCUACGCUGGGGUAUCGAAUCCCCAGCUUUUUGGUUAUGGAUCUCGGCAUCGCUCGCAUACACACACUAAAUCCUUGGAUUAUCUGGUCAAGCAUUUCGCUCCUUCUACUGGUAUGAAGGACUCGUGGUCAUCAACUAGUUACGCAUCGCACAUCGCAAAGUCAAAGAAUACAAUACCUCGAGUCUGGUCUCCUCGACAUGGAAAUGUCAUUCCAAGUGUUCCUGAUGUGGAUUAUCGAAUGAAGUACGAGUUCGCGCUAAUUUUGCAUAAUAAGCCGAUAACACCGCGUAUUCUUGCUCGAAAUGGAUUGGAUGCAAUAGGGAAACGACAGAUGGAGGUGCUUAGCCGUUGCAUUAAUGCAGGAUUUGACAUUUCUGUACUUUCCAGCACUUUGUAUUCCCGUAAAUAUUUAGUGCUACUUUUGCGACCAUCCACAUCGAGACUACAGACCGAAAAAAGUCGAUUGGCGCUUGAGCGCUGGCUGCAAAUUGGAGCUGUAGGUGAGGUACCAUCUGAAAUUGAAGAGCUCAUCGCAUCGAGCCACAUUGAUGACACCGAACCGCUGUUUCAAGAAGGUCAAUACGAAACUAUCAAACGGGUGGAACUUGAAGACGAACAGUUUACGCCUGCUGAACGCAUUCAAACAAUUGCUCGCAUCAUUACAUCUACGGCCAAUGUGGAAGAGCUGAAUCCACCCGGUGCAAACAUUUCGUUCGAAGAGCUAAAUCGCAAUGAAAGCAUCAUCAUGUCUUGCUUUCCUCUCCAUAAUCGAUAUGUGGAUAGUCAACUAUUGGCCAAGUGUGCACAGUGGUGGUGGAACUCUACCGAGAUCACGAACGAGCUACGAUAUUAUUAUGGGGAGCGUGUGGCUUUUUACUUUAGCUUUUUGUUUGUCUACACAAAGUGUUUGCUUGUUCCAGCUUUCGUGGGUUGUGUCGUGUAUGUAUCAUGUAGGUGGUUUGGGGCAGUGGCGUACAUGAGAGCAUUGUGCAUUUUUGGCUUUUUUACAGCGUCAGUUUGGGGGCCUCUUCUUAUAAAAGCUUGGGCACGACAAAACAGCCUGCUAAAUGAUGCGUGGAAUCUGAGGUUGUUUAAAGAAGCUAAUUAUUCUAAUGCAACGUUUAAGCCACAAGGUUAUCGCGACGUGGUGGACUCUCAUGGAAUUUUUCUUUUUAGAGAGCCAUUUUACAACCCACUCCUCAGAAUUCCUGUCUACAUGCAAACAUUAAUGGUAUUCGCAUUGUUCAUUGCUACCUAUGUCGUGGGGACUGCGUUUUUCGUUCAAUGGUAUACCGCUGCAAUGAUGGCCCCCGUGUGCAGUAAAUGUCAUGAGUGCGUCGCCUUUUUGUCGUGCUUCAACACAGAAAGACCCAUUUUGUUUUCUGGAAGAUGGUGUUAUAUCUUCGUUCAAGGAAUUUUGCUUGGAAUCUCACUGGACGUUGCUGUAUACUUGUUGAGUGUAAAACUUAUCCAUUUUUUUGUGACACGUGAAAACCAUGUUAUGGAAGAGCAUUUUCAACAAACGAUGAUCAAUCGUAUUUUUGCUAUUAAUUGGAUUUCUUUUUUCCUCUGGUUUAUGCUCAUCUCAUUUGUGAUCAUACCUUUUGGGAGCGAAGUCGAAACAUGGUUGUCAUCAAAUAUUAAGUACACUAAACUCACGGUGCGGUGGCAUGGUGGUGUCAUUGAUAUGUCGACAGCAUUCGUUACUCCACUUCUCAUCACGCAAGCGCUGAACCUGCUAAUUGAUACGUCGUUGCCAAUCAUUUUUCGGCGAGACACAUCACGGGUGUCGAAGCUGGCAAAAAAAAUAAUGAGAGCCAAUCCAGCAGAGACGCUGCUUGCGCUUUCAGAGUAUCACUCAUCGUUUGAAAAUACUUUUGUCAGCCAUAACCAGUCUCUAUCUUCAUGUAAUUUGGCUUUUAAGAACAAGAUUGAGCUUCAAAUGAUGACACCAAUUCGAAUUCCAUACCUGGAACGCUUAUUGAAUGUAUCUAUACCCACGUUGGAGGGGUUUGAAAAUGAAACGUACUUUAUGACAGCCGAUGAUGUUCUUGAGGAGAGUCAAUUGCCGCUGUAUAAUACCUUCCCCGACUAUCUACGGAUGGCCAUCCAAUACGGAUACGUGGUGAUGUUUUCAGCUGUUUGGCCGUUCUGCGCGAUAGCAGCAUUUGCAAACAACGUUAUUCAUAUUCAAAAUUGCUUUUACAAACUCGUUCUUCUACGUCGAAGACCAGGCUCAUUUGUGUUAGCACUGGCGAGCUUGAGUACUUCAUUUCGGAAUGCUUGUCUCUACAACGAUUCAACGGGGCGGACUUCAGCAUGGGGCCCGCCUUCUCUUGCUUUGACAUUCCGUCGCGCUUCAUUGUCGCAUUGA